AAGACAUGUGUUUUUAAAGUCUGAAUUCAAAAUUUGGGAAGCUUAAAUAGGGAAAUACGCGUGGCAUCGUUUUCAAACCAAGGAGUACUUCGAAUUGCACAUCGUACUCAGCUUGUUGUUGGCAGCCGACCGGCCGUGGUAAAUGCACACUGUUUAUUUAAUAAGUAAGAGGGAGAAUGGCAUGGUGCCAUAAUAAGAAAAAAGGGAAAGACGGCCAGAGGAUGGCAUUCCUCCGUCAAGAGCAGGCGGCGCCGGCAUGGUUCCUCUCGCUGGCCUUCCUCGGCGCCCUUUGCGCCUCUGCAUUCUCGUUCCGCCUCCUCGCCUACCUCGCGCUCUGCUUGCGCCGGCCGAAGGACCUCCGCCGUCGCUACGGCGCCUGGGCCGUCGUCACCGGCCCGACGUCCGGCAUCGGCCGGUCCGUCGCUCUGGAGCUCGCCAGCCGGGGCCUCAACCUCGUGCUCGUCGACCUCAGCGCUGCCAAUCUCAAGGAGAUCUCUCACACCGUCAGAUCUCGCCACGCCGUGCAGACCAAGACCGUGGUGUUCGACCUGUCCCUCGUUUCUACUGCCCAAGGUGACGAGGCGAUGCGGCGGCUCCGAGAGGCCGUGGCGGGGCUGGACGUGGGAGUGCUAGUGAACAACGCCGGGGUGGCGAAGCCGGGCGCGGUGUACCUGCACGAGCCCGACGUGGAGGCGUGGGUGAGGAUGGUACGGGUGAACCUGUGGGCGGUGACGGAGGUGACCGCCGCGGUGCUGCCGGGGAUGGUGGAGCGAGGCAGGGGCGCCGUCAUCAACAUGGGCUCGGCCUCGUCGGAGGCCAUCCCCUCUUUCCCCCUCUACACCAUUUACGGCGCCACCAAACGGUAUGUUGCGCAGUUCUCCAGGAGCCUUUACGUUGAGUACAGAAGUAAAGGGAUCGAUGUGCAGUGUCAGGCUCCGUUCUACGUGGCGACCAAGAUGGUGUCGAUGCUCGCCAAGACCGGUUGGGCCGGACGCCUCUCUAUGUUCCUCAUUGCACCGACGCCCGACGCAUACGCGCGCGCGGCGGUGCGCUGGAUCGGCCAUGGCCCGCCACUCUGCACCCCCAACCUCGGCCACCAGCUCAUGUGGUGCCUCGCCGCCAUCCUGCCGGACUUCGUCCACGAUUGGCUCCGCAUGCACGAGCACCUGCAACACAGAGCGCUGGCCCAGAGAGGGUAUAGCCGGGCAGCAACUCUCAAGUGAGUUCCGGGUGUUCUUGUACGGCAUGCCUCUGUUCCACUGACCACAUGUCCUGGUGUUCGAUUAAGUGAAUUUCCAAUAAACUGAAUCAUGUACUACACCCUUUAUUUUUAUAUACAAGAUCAUAAACCCAUAUUACAGAUACGUAUUAAGGCAAAUCAAUCUUUUCAUUUUUACAUC